CAGGUACAGACCUCCACUGUUGUGGGGAGCCAGUGGUCAUAUUCAGACAGCCUACAACGUCCUCGUGGGCCAUGUCUUUGUCCCAUCUCCCGUGGGAGAUAGACAGUCUCUCUCCACUCCCGAUGGGUCCACUGUGACCUAUGACCUCUACCAGCCACAGCACCCCUCGCCCCUCUCCUUCUCCUCCUCUGUCCUGGCAUAGGAAACUGCAGCGAGACGUUCUACAUCAGAUCAUUUGUCCACUACCUACUGAGCAAUGGACAUAAUGUGGCUGUUCUCAACCAUGUGGGUACUCUCACAGAUGUGCCUGUCACUGGGAACAGGCUAUUCACUUAUGGAGGGACGGGGGACCUUGCCGCAGUGUUUGAGGAUUUACUCUCCCGUCAUCCCUCAUCACAGUGGGUCCUGGUGGGCUUCUCCCUCGGAGCCAACAUUGGUGUCAGGUUCAUUGGAGAGAGGGUCCACUGGAGGUCACACUUUCUCUGUGCCGUGUCAGUCUGCCAGGGUUAUGACCCCAACCAAGCCAUUGGUAUAUUCCCCAGUACAUCAAACCUCUCCAAACUCUACUCACAUCGCAUCACCUCCGAACAACUCUCCCUCAUGCGGCGACAUCGCUCGCAACUCCUGGGGGAAACCCCUCUCGUUAACCUCCGGAACCCCGCCGGACGAAACAGCAAAAUCACUCACAGAGGUCACGACUGCAACGGGUUUGCGUUGGACGUGACGAAAAUUGCUGGACCCAGCAACGAAGCUCUCCUGUGGAGGGCUAAGUCUAUACACGAACUUGACGAAUACUACACUAGGAGAGUGCUGGGGUUUGAGAGUGUGAGGGAUCUCUGGCAGUGGAUGUCCUGUGUGGAACUGAUGGAGACCGUGACUGAUUUCCCUCUCCUCCUGGUGAACGCCUGUGAUGAUCCCAUCGUCCCAGAGGAGGUCCACUCUAUUCCCAUACACUACACUGAACUCAACCCCCAUGCAAUGUUUGUUAGCACACAACACGGCGGCCAUCUUGGAUUCUUCGAGGGUGGAAUCAUCCUCCCUAACAAGGCCACCUGGCUGGAGAGACUAGUCCUACAGUACUCACUGGCCUGCAGGGAAAUCCUACCCAAGAUCAACAAACAGUCUUAGAGAUUUUUUUGCUGCGCAUGCGUAGUUUUUAAUAGAAAGAGCUCUAUUUAUACGUAAUUCAGCGUGUAAUAUUGAAUUCAUAAUGCGAUGAGCGUAGUUAUCGCCUCCGCUGUGAGGUCAAAACUAGCGGAGCUAGGAAGAGUGGCGGACAGAUUGGUAGGCGAAGCUGCUACCGUUGGAAUCAGGUAUACUGUAGGUGGGGAUAGAGCGAGAGCGAUGCCGAGCCUCCGGGUGCACAGCUAAGCUAACUGGCGAGGCUAUAUAUAGGGUGUGUGCAUUGUAGAUUCAGUUACCGCGUAAUAUACCUCACUGGGCGGUUUUUGUACGGAUCUUAAUGUCAAGCUAGCCCUUCAAACGAGGCUCUGGCGAUAGGCAUUGGCACUGGCUAGGUAAAUGACGGCCCUGUGUGUAUGUAGCUCACUAUUAGGCAGUACAUACAUACCUGUGAACACAAGAGUGUGUUUCAAUUCAAUGAGGUACAGCUGUGCUGUACUGCCAGGAUGUGUGUACACAUCAUACACCUGCGCAUCAUUGAGUCUGAGUGGGUGGGCUUUUAUUGGAAAUGUGCGAAUUACUGCUUGUUUUACUUGCAGGGUCGUCGUCAGGUAUAUAGUGAGGUGAGGUUGCUAUGGCAACCGUGAGUUCCUCUUCGUCCCCUCCCCCCACCUCGUCACCCACUACGGCUGCUAUCUCCCCUCUCACCUUUUCCUCAACUCCUCCUGCUGGAACUGACGGCGGUCUCCGGCAGAAGGCCAUGUCUCCACAGAAUGUACCAGCCGUAACACGGAGACCGACUCGCUCGGGGAGACUGGGGGUGGACAAGCAGGGAGAGUACACUUACAAAAACACACCGUCCAGUACACUGAUGGCCUCUCUUCAGUUGGGGCUACAAGUUUCGAUUGGUGGUCACGAGCCUAAACCGCGACGCGAUAUUCUAAUGACAGAUUUCGAGGUUGUUGAAACGGUAGAUUUCCCAGCCGAUGGCAGCACCAUCACCCCCGCCCACAAGCACAGGGACUUUACCUUCAAGACUUACUCACCUGAGGCUUUCAGGUUCUUCAGAGAGGCUUUCGGGAUCAUAGCCGAGGAAUAUUUGCUAGCAAUGUGUGCCCACCCAAUGAGGGAGAUCUCAAAUCCUGGAGCCAGUGGCUCGCUGUUCUAUCUCUCAGCCGACGAUGCCUUCAUCAUCAAGACAGUGCAGAAGAAAGAGGCACAUUUUCUGCAGAAACUGCUACCAGGAUACUAUCUGUGUGGGACAGUCAACAUCCGCAUCGUGGUAAUGAACAACCUCCUACCAUCGACCCUAAAAUACCACGAGAAGUACGACCUGAAAGGCUCGACGUACAAGAGAAAGGCAGUUGGAGACGAACUGGGCAAGUCCAGCCCCACCUUCAAAGAUCUGGACUUCCAGGAGAAACACACGGAGGAGGGAGGAGUCCAUCUGUUAUCAGACAAGUACGAGAUACUAAUGAAGACGUUAGACAGAGAUUGUAAGGUUCUGGAGAGCUUCGGGAUAAUGGACUACAGUCUCCUCCUGGGCAUUCACAAUAUCGACCAGACCAAGAGAGAUGGAGAGAGCUCAUCAAGGACUAAUUCACCCAGGGGCGAGGGGAGAGAAGAAGACAGACAUUUUCUCGUCCCCUCUCGGAUCGAGCUCAGCAAGAAUUUUUCCAUCAUCUCCAUCGAGAAUAUUCCGCUGGCCAUUGAGGGAGAGGACCCCUCCGAGUCCCCGCCCAGAUACCCGUGAGACAUUACAUCGUCGCUUCUAUUUUUAGGCACCAUAGCUAUUACAUCACUUGUUCUAUUUUUAUACUGGGCAGUGCUGUAGCUCGACGGUAUUGUAGCUUAAGCCAUUACAUCACUAAUUCCUAAGAGUGGUUUGCACUGCACUCUCCAGCUAUAGUCAAGGUAUUCAGGAUGGUUGGUUGGUCUGUCCUUCCCUCCACUUGCUUGCUAAAAGUACGAACAAUUUAGGCCACCCUAUAUUUUCACUGCACACUCCAGCUAUAGUCAAGGUAUUCAGGAUGGUUGGUUGGUCUGUCCUUCCCUCCACUUGCUUGCUAAAAGUA